CAUUUUUUUUUAAACGGCAAACGACUUACCGUUUCUCUGUCUCUCUCUGCGCCUGCCGCUAGUGAACUCUGCGAGUGAUGCCUUCGCUUCGAUGGCAGCUCCCACUCUGAAACGAGUCCUUCUCUCUCCUCCAAAACUCAUAAAACCCAAUUCUCUCUCCUACUUCUCCUCCCAAUCAUCUACAUCUGCCGAUAAACCCCCUAUAGUUUCCACCGUCGUUUCACUUCUUACCCACCACCGCUCCAAAUCCCGAUGGAACCAUCUCCGCUCUCUCCUUUCAUCUACCAACACCCUCACCCCUGUGCACUUUUCCCAAAUCGCUUUCCAUUUAAAAUCGAAUCCCCAUCUUGCCCUCCGCUUCUUCCACUUCACUCUACACAACUCUUUCUGCUCCCACAACCUGUACUCUUACUCCACCAUCAUCCACAUCCUCUCCCGGGCUCGCCUCAAGUCUCCUGCCCAGUCUAUUAUCCGGGCUGCUCUCACCUCACCCGUGUUGUUUGAUCGUAGUAUUGCACCAGUGAAAUUCUUAGAGGUGCUAGUGAAAACGUAUAGGGAAUGCGAUUCUGCUCCGUUUGUGUUUGAUUUGUUGAUAAAAUCUUGUCUUGAGUUGAAAAAGAUUGAUGGUUCAAUAGAAAUUGUGAGGAUGUUGAGGUCUCGUGGGAUUAACCCACAAAUUAAAACUUGUAAUUCGUUGAUUUGUAGCGUUUCAAGGUAUAGAGGGUCUUACGCGGGUUAUGGACUUUUUAGGGAGGUUUUUGGAUCCAAGGAUAAUGAGACUGAGGAAGAGGUGAAAAGGAAUGUUAGAGCCAGGCCUAAUGUACAUAGUUUUAAUGAGUUGAUGAUGGGCUUUUACAGAGAUGGUGAAAUGGAGAUGGUUGAGGAGGCAUGGAAUGAAAUGGAGAGAUUUGGAUGUGUUCCAAACGGGUUUAGCUAUAGUGUCUUGCUGGCUACGUUGUGUGAGGAAGGGAAGAUAAAGGAAGCGGAGAAGUCGUGGGAAGAAAUGAGAGCAAGGGGAAUAAAGCCUGAUGUUGCAGCUUAUAAUACUAUCAUUGGUGGAUUUUGCAAGAUUGGGGACAUCGAGAAAUCCGAGGAGAUUUUAAGAGAAAUGGAACUGAGUGGAGGAGAAAGUACUUGCGUUACUCUUGAGCACCUAAUCAAUGGCUACUGUAGAGUUGGGGAUGUUGAUUCUGCGAUUCUUGUGUAUAAGGAUAUGUGUAGGAAAGAUUUUAGGCCUGAAGCUUCAACUAUAGAUUUGUUGGUUGGAGGGCUCUGUGAGAAGAAAAAAGUUGCUGAAGCUUUGGAGAUUAUGAGGAUUGCAAUGAGAAAUGUUAGUUUUCAUCCAAGUGGGAAGAGUUACGAGUUCUUGAUUAACGGGUUAUGCGAGGAUGGUAAGAUGGAAGAAGCAUUGAAGCUUCAGGCCAAGAUGGCAGGCAAAGGGUUUGAGCCAAAUCCAAAGAUUUAUGGUGCUUUUAUUGAAGGAUAUAUGAAGUUAGGAAAUGAGGAAAUGGUAGCGAUUUUAAUAAAGGAAAUGUCUGAAGCUCAAAAGCAGCAGGAAGAGAAUUAGAUGUUUAUCAUUGACAAGCUGGGACCCUGCAACUCCAAUCAUGUUAAUCACUUGGCAAAGAUGGGAAGCCAUGGACCAGUACAGAUGUUUGAGAGCUUUUAACUUUGGUGGAUUGGCUGCCAUGCUCUUAAUGUUGCAAGUUGCAACAAGGUAAAAUGAAAGAUGAUGAUGCAUACUAUUCUAUCAUUGUAAAUGUUUGAUUUGAAUAUGCUUGUUUAUUUAAAUUAUCCUCAAUGAAUGCAUCAGUCAUUAUGCAUGUAGAUUAUGUAAAUGUAUAAGCAAACUUGCCACCGCCUCAAGGUCAUGUAAUUUAUCAGAUGUCCUGAAAUUAUUCAGGAAGUGUUUACAAGUACUCUUAUUCUUCUAGCAAAGAAUUAUACUGUGGUAUUCCAGCA